GUGUGGGGGAUGCUCCAUGGAAAUGAGAAGCCACACCAUGUCCUACCUCACCUCCCAUGUCCAGCCGGUCCACCAGCCCUACCUCACCCUGUGCCCGGGAAACAGGCUCUGCAGUACAUACAGAACAACCUAUAAAGUUGGACAUCGCCAGGCUUAUCGGAAAGUUUCCCACCCAGAAUACGUUUGCGGCCCUGAAUGGAAGCGGAGAAAUGCUUUCUCCCCGCUCGGAUGUCCCACAGCUGCUAUUUGCCGCCCACCGUGCCCACCCAGCCGGAAAUGUUCGCUCCCAAAUGACUGCGCCUGCCCUGGAUGGACCGGGAGGUGUUGCCAGACAGAUGUGGACGAGUGUGCGAUGGGGAAACACGGCUGCAGCCAGCUUUGCAUCAACACGGCCGGAAGUUACCGCUGCACUUGCCAUCCAGGGUACGAGCUCCAGGCGGAUGGACAAACUUGCCGGGCUCUGAAAGUGCCCCCCACCCCAGCUCCCCCAGGAAGUGACAGCCUUCCCGUUCCAGACGAAGUGAGGGAACUGCGAAGCAGGUUGGCCGCUUUGGAAGAAAAGUUCCAGCUCGUUUUGGCACCAUUUCUCAAACUGGAUCUGCCUGGUGCCGGAGAGGGCCCUGGGACAGCAGAACCCAUCAGCCUGGUGGUCCACCUGAUCCAGCAACUGGACCGAAUAGAUUCACUCAGCGAGCAGAUCUCUUUCCUGGAGGAGCGGCUGGAAACCUGUUCCUGCAAGAACCGUCUCUGAGGCUGAAGGAGGUUGGAGGUCCGCGUUCCCACUGUUUUCCUGGUGUGUCUCUCUGUUGAGUAGCAACUGAGCCCUGUUCCAGCAACCAAGCCAAGCGAAGGCAGCGGAGAGGAUUAAGCGGCUGGAAAUAUCACGUUCUCAG